CACAAGUGUUCUUCUGCUCAUCCAAACCUCAAAGAAAGCUGAUGACAAGUACAAGAAUUGGCGAACUAGAAGCUCCAUAAAACUCCUAUUGAAGUUAACAUUUGAAUGGUUUGGGAAUACAAGCUUCUCCAUGUAUUAGAAUAGUUACAUCAAAUUAUACAACUGACGAUGGACUAAACUCUGCAUCUAAUCUGUACAACAACAGGUGUAUAAGUUAAAAGAUACAAGCUCUGAGAACGAGAUUACAAAAUGAUGAAUCUACGUCAAGUCCGCCGUCGACGCCUUACACGCUCGGAUAACAGUUACGACGUUUCAGGAGGGUGGAAGUCACUGAUUCGAGAGUCUCUACUUCAAACUACAUGGCCUAUUUCAAUCAGUGUUGAGUCUGAUGACGAAGAAUAUGACCUUUUCCACUUGUGUAGCUCAUCAUCAGCUGAUCUUGGUGCGCGCCGAGGAGUCUUCAGUCGCCGCCAUUAUGGAUCUGUGGAGAUGCUUGCUUCCGUUGAACACGAGAGUGGCGACCUCUUUCGCCGAUUUCGAGUGGAAAGUGGAGAAAGGGUGGAAAAAGAAGAACUGUAUGGCUCACCUAGUACUCCUGUUUUGGAAAAUCCUGAAUAUCAGACCAGGUGGUAUUUCAAAUACUUCCUUGGACGACUUCAUCAAAACUAUGCAGGAGUAGAUGGCGAGAAGAUCCCUUUCUUUCUAUCCGUGGUUCUUACCGAUUCUAAUACUCAAGGGGUUCAACAAUACAGAGCCAUCUUGUGGCGAAAGUCGGGUGCACAGAAGAUUAGCCUGUCUCAUACACAGGGGAAAGCGCUAACAGUGAAGUCUAUUCUAAGCAAUUUUCAGAACAUGGAUAAACUAGAAAAGGCUCCAAGAGAAAUAUUUGUUCCAGAAUUACAAAAGGAUCUGCUCCUCCUUGAAGAACAAGAGGGAUCUGUUAAUUUCAAGUUUGGAGUUCUCUACGCUAAAGUAGGACAAACAGUAGACGACGACAUGUUCAGCAAUGAGAAUGGAAGUAAAAAUUUUGACCAAUUUCUCUCUUUGCUGGGAGAAAGAAUUCGACUAAAAGGCUGGGACAAAUAUAGAGGUGGUCUAGACGUUAAAGGAGACAUGACUGGGAAGUACUCCAUCUACACCAUUUAUGAAGGACAUGAGAUAAUGUUCCAUGUAUCCACUCUUCUGCCUUAUUCUAAAGAUAAUCGUCAACAGGUUGAAAGAAAAAGACAUAUUGGUAAUGACAUCGUCAACAUUGUGUUUUUGGAUGGAAACCAUCAGCACCAUUUUUCGUUUAAGCCUUCAAUGAUCAAGUCCCAGUUUACACAUAUUUUCGCAGUUGUAACUUAUAACCCAGAAGACGAGUCGUACAAGCUCUCAGUUUCCUCUGAAGAAUCCGUACCUUUGUUUGGACCCACCCUACCAAGUUUUCCAGUGUUCAGAAACUUACAGGAAUUCCGAGAGUUUUUGCUUGUCAAAUUGAUAAACGGUGAAAAAGCAGCUUUCAACACCCCAACUUUUGCCCAGAAACGAGAGCGAACUCUGGAUAUGCUGAUAAAGGACUUGUAUACAGAACACAUGGCUGAUAAUCGUGGGACAAUGUUGAACAGACGAGCUUUCAGUGACGUACUUCCAGAAGCACCUCGUGGUUCACGGAGAAAAGAAGAAGCCCGCCAGGUGGAGUUUGUUCGGAUAGGUCAGGCAUUGAAACUGGACACGAUCGUCAAAGGAGAUGCCCCAACAAGUCUAGCUACCACUAGUCUGUUCAAACGAGAACCAUGGGAGCCUCAGUGCUUUUAUCCUGAUUUUCCUCAUGAUAUUACGUGCGGAGAUUCUUGGGGAGAAAAUCGAUUGAUACUAGCCACUGAAGUCGGUGUGUUCCUUUUGGAAGAGGGAACAGCACACCGGCCAAUCUUCGACAAAACCGUGCAAGUCAGACAGCUGAGUGUAGUAGAAGCCCACGGAAUUCUUUUAUUUCGUGUCGACAAAGGCAGAGACGGUAGAAUCCAUGUUUUCAGGCUCUCGGAUUUUGAGAUUGAACCAAAAGAAAAUGGGGUUAGAGGAAAAGCGGAUAUUCGAGAUCACAGGCUCGAGAAAACAAAAGGAUGUCACUUGUAUGCCAUUAGUCGUCCUGGUGAUAGCCAUCUGCGUAUGGUUGUAGCCGUUGGGCGAAGAUUGCUUGUGUUACAGUGGCGCCACUCCGCUGCUUGGACAGCAUGGUGUGCAUCUUCAGAUACUGACACUGUGGAUGGGUUCCAGGUUAUUCGGGAGCUUCCUGUAGCGGAGCCUCCUCAACUGAUCACUCUGGUGGACAGUCCGAUAAAAGGUGGAGACAACCAGAUAUGUGCAGCCUACAAACACCAGUUUGAUCUGAUUAACGAGAAAAAUGGCGACUCACUGAGACUUCACUGUGUGGAAGGAAACAAGGUUCAUCUUGUCUCUGCUGUUGAUAUUUACGAAGAUGAAGAGGCUGAACUGCUGUUGUCUUACAAUCAUACAACUCAUUUCCAAAAAUUAUCGGAGGGUAGUUCUACAGACUUUGACUUCCAGUGGAAUGCUGUGCCAAACACUAUUGUGUGUGCCUUUCCCUAUGUUAUGGCCUUCACUACGGACACCAUCGAGAUUCGGCUUAUUAUAAACGGAAAUCUUAUUCACAAUAUGGCGAUGCCAAAACUGACCGCCAUUACCUCGAAGAGCGACAUCUUUUUUGCUAGCACAGCUCCAGAAUUCUUUCAGAUUCGACAAGAGAGGGUGAAAGUCGACAAGAUGGACCGAGAUCUCAGUCUCUCUCCUCCUCUGUCUCCUCAUUCUGUCAACAACUCGGGUUUCGUGGAUUGCAGCAAACCUUUGCGGAUUUACCGGAUGCCCUUUGGCAUACUGACUGGAAAUUUGUCGCCCUGUGAAAGACGAGCGCCUACACCGUGCAUUCCCUCCCCUCAUCCACUGCUCAACCCCCCAGAUUAUAGUGGCAAUUUCUUGUUACCGGAAUCUCAGGAUAAUCACUUGCGAGCGGAUCCUCGACCAAGUAGAAGUGCAACCUCGUCUCCAGUUCCACCUCUUCCUAUUAUUUCUCACAACCAGGGGUCGUCUAACCGUAAAAUGAUUAAAGAUUAUAUUUAUUCAGCCAGUUCAAACUCCAGUAUUAACAAAAGUGAGUGUUAUACGCCCUUACAUAGUCCCCAGAUCUUCACGGAGGCUAAGGACGACUCCUGAUUCAAUCGUAUAGCUAGCAGUUUUUAUUGUGACAACUUGCAUACAACUGUAUAGUUAUUUCAAACGUUUUGCUAUUUGGUGUGUCAUAACAUUGUUCAGAUUUUUCUGCAUCUCUUACAUCCAAAAGAUAUAAAAACAAGAAGAAAAACUCUGAAACCUCUGAAAAUUACUAAACAUGAUCUCUAUGCCAAAUUUCUGAGAAUAAUUGUUAUUUGAUCUUGUGUAUACUUUGGAAAACUGUGCUAACUUUUUUUUUUCUGCUAAGUUAGAAUUAUUGUUGCCAAAAUGCUAGGAAGAAACUCGAAUUAAAAAAAAUGCUUAAAUAGUAAAACAAAAGAACGAGAACAAAAAUGCGUAUUGUCUACCGUCGAGAUGAAAGUUUUGAAUGCAUAUGAAAAUACUGUAUGCUUUAUGAAAUUUCCUAUCAGUAAUCUCGUUAUUAUGAAACGAAACAUCAUUGUUUAAUGGGGAAAAAAAAUAACUGCUAAAUUGUAAAAUCCAAUCUCAGUUUGACCAAUUUAAAUUGAAAAUAAUCCGUUGAGUCUCUUUAAGACAUAUUUAAAUAAAGCUUUCUUUGUGGUUAGCACUAGUAGGUCGCGUUAUUCAUAUCUUCUGUGACUAACGGUUGUUUCUGAACGCUGAAAUUAAUUCAACUCCGAUAUAAUCAUUUACUGAAAAUAAUUAUAAUAAUAUGGCGCUUCUUACAAAACAAGUAACUCAACAUAAUGAUAAAAUAAAAGAUAUAAGAAACUGAGCUUUAAAACAUUUAAGUUUGAGUGGAAUAUCAGCUAAAAAUCAUGGUGUAAUGGAUUUUAUAUAAAAAGCGCCAUCUAGGAAGUCCAGAUGUUCUCUACACAACGUGCCUUUGGAAAUAAAUUGUGUCUUGGGGUAAAUAACCCAGACGUAGGCUUAAGUUCUAAGUGUUAACGCCCGAAAUUGAUAGAUUUACUUGAAUAUCCUUCUAAAGUAUAAUAUAAUUCUUUUGUGGAAAUACAAUGUUGAAUAUUGUGUAAUUUCUGAUACAAAGGAAGCUAAAUAAACUAACGAAUUUGCAUGCGUAUCUGUUCCAGUACAAUAGCUACAUCCGUAUGCGUUAUUUCCGUAGCUAACUAUAAACUUCCGUUAGUGUUAUCAAGGAUUAUGUGUGUUUAUUUUCACUAUUUAGUUGCACAUAGAGUUAUAAAUAUCCACUAAGUCUGUGUGAUUAAGAUAAAUAAAUAAUCCAGGAUUACGUUUAUUUUUUUAGAGUAAAUACACAUACUUAGAAAAGAAAGAAAUAUCAUUGUCAAAUUAAUUUUAUUAUUAAAAAUCAUCACGGCAACAGAGUUUGAGAGAAAAUAGUAAUAGCAUAAAUUAAUAGCAUAAUAUUAAUGAAGUUUUUUAAAGUGCAUACAUUGUUAGUUUAGAAUUCGAUGAAAAUAAAAUAAUAGUCUUUACAUUCUUCUAUGAAUAUUAAGCGGUAUAUAAGUUAAUAAAUCGUUAUCGGAUAAUUUUGUCUUGCAUUUGGUAAGAUUUGUAAUUAUUUUUGUGAAGGAAAUUACUUAAGAUAAUUACUAUCCUGAUCGCUAGAGUGCAGCAAAUACUGAGCGUAUUUCAUGUAUGUUUUUUUUUUCUUUAUCAUAAAGCAACACAAGAGGCUAUAUGCGUUUUGUCCACCACAGGAAAUAUAUCCCCGGGUUUUAGCGUUGUAAGUACGUUAACUUACCGCUGACUUACCAGGGGGACACACGUGCUUUAUGUGCAUAGAAUAGCUAGUACAGUGGUUAUGAAUGAUGAAACGUCGUGAAAAACUACCUUAAUAUAUUGGUUUUCAGAGAAUGGUUGAGAUGGAAAUGCUGGAAGACUAUCAAUGUCGUUUUUGUUUUAAUAUUUGUAAUACACUACCUCUAAAAAAAUCUUGAAAGUAUUAUCUUAAUCUCCUAAAAUAUACUGUAUACCGUUAUCUUUUUUUUUGUAGAAUCAUUUUUCCAUGAUUUGUAGGAAAAUUAGUAAAUUCAUUCUACGAACGUAUUUCUGCGAACUGCUGAGUUAAAAGAAAUCACAGUCGUCUGCUUAUUUUGUAUUUACAAACCUUUCGCUGGCGCUUUAGGAUAAAAAGUUUUGUUGAAAGAGGCAAUGUGUCUUUUGUUAUUUUCUUGCGCUUUAGGACACAAAGCUUUGUUGAAAGAGGCAAUGUGUCUUUUGUUGUUUACUUGCAGAUAGAUGUCGACCUAUUUAUGUAUUGAAUGUAUUCUCUAUGAAUAUAACCUAUCAGACCAGUUUCUGGAUGAAGGUUUUGGUUGGUUUGUUUAAUUACGCGCAAAUCUACUCGAGAGCUAACUGCGCUAGCCGUGUCUGAUUUAGGGGUGAUAGACUAGGGGGAAUGCAGCUAGUCAACACCACCCGGAUAUUUUUUUACCGUAACAUUAUAACGCUCCUAAAGCUGAAAGAGUAAGUAUGUUCGAUGACAGGAAUCGAAUCCGCAACCCGAAAAUUGCGAGUAAAAUACCUUAACCAACAUGCUAGGCCUUUGAAAGUUUUGGAACUUCAUGUUCAAUUAGGAAUUAAGACCUUCAUCAGGACUUUCUAUAACCUCAAAUGUAUUCAAGAAGUCUAAUGAAAAGAAAGAGGUUCAUAAAAAUUACAUUCAACAUACCGACCACUCUACCAGAACCUUCUUUGAAAGGAGGUGUGUAUGUUACUUGAUACGCUACUGUAACCCAGUGUUUUUGUAAUACAUACCACGUUUGUCAAGUUUUAGUUUAUUCAAGUGUAUAGUAAAUUAAGCACUAUUUUUAUGUUCGUUCAUACAAAGAAAACAUAACAAUUUAGUUACCGAAUUUUGAGUUCUUGUUCAUGUAAUAUAGAUUAUUAAUUGCCCUACUGACCCAUUAGUUUCAAUUGCCUUUGGAAUUGCAGCUAUUGCUAAAUAUAAACUAGGUUGUGAAAAAAAUCAAUGGCAGAGUUGCUUUGCCUAUCUUUUCCUGUAAUUAUUUACUAGACGACACAUUAAACUAGUCAUUCCUCAGUUGCUAACGAUUUGUGAUAUUUUGUUUGGUUUUAUAAUGGUAGCUCUUAGAAAUAAUUCAAUACUUCAAAUAUGAAGCGUUUCCAAAACUUUUGUUCCAAUUGUGAUGUAUACCUGAAAUACGUUGGGCAGUCCAAAGAAUGGGAAGUUGUCCAGGCCAGGGUUUAUAAAGCAUGUUUGUUUGUUUUUCCCUGUAUUUUCCUUCUUUUCAGAAAAUAUUGUAUAUGAAAUUACUAAAAUUGUGGAGAAUUGUGUGGUUUUCAUUCCAAAAGUAUAGAAAUUUUGUAUACCGUAUAUUUGGAUUUCAGCAGACAGCACAUUUAAAUUUACCCUUGAAAUAU